UUCUGUUGAAAAUUAUUUUACAGAGUAAACUGCGCAGUCCUUCGAAGCUGAAGCCGUUAUCGACAAACUUCCACUCGCGAGUGAUUCCUCAGUCUUCACAAAAAACCGAUAAACGUUUCGUCCAAGAGCAACAAAAGCAAAAAAUCAUAAUGAAGGUGCAACAAGAUUCAGAGAUAAUUCACCAGUCGAAGAAAAAGGACAUCAGACCAAAAUCCAAGCCUGAAGAGAACCCUCCAGAGAUCAAAGAGAAUCCGUCAGCCUCAUCAGACACAAAUGGAAAAACAAACGACACCCCUCAAACUCAAAAAGACAAUGGAAAAGAAACAGACAAUGGAGUUCCGCCACAACCAGAAGUGAAUGAGCAGAAGGAGACAAUUGUGUCAGAAAGAGAGAGCAUGAAUACUGAAGUCAUUGAUAUAGUGGAGAUCUCUGAUGAUUCAUUGGUAUUAGAGCCCUCCGAGGAUGUACAACCAGAGACAGCCCCCGAGGAGCCGAUAAACACAUCCACCGAGCAGAAACCAACAGAAUUAUCAAGAAAUGAUGCCAAUCCAGCAGAUAUCCUGGUGGAAUCCACAACAUCAGAGUCAUCUCCACCCUCAGACGUCAAAUCCCAGGUUAAUCCAUCACAGAGCAGUGAGGACCAAGCGAAACAUGACGAGGACCCUUCCUUCGUCUCCUAUGACUCCACAAUAAUGCUGAAGGACGUGCAGAUUAAAUUGAACGAUUGCCUGAGAGAGAACUCAAAACUGCUGGACGUCACGGAUCCCAAUGCUAGCAUAUCCGACGCCUUCAAGGACUUGUCCUUUGGUCGAACCCUACGAGGCAUCUCUGGAAGGAGUUCCAUCGGUCGUAUGAGACACGUUACCCUCAGAGAUCGUCCACUCACACCCAAUGAUUCGUUAUUUGUGAAUACAAGUGCUUCUUUCUCUCAAGACGAUUUUCGGUACACUAGUAACUUGAGUACACCCAAUCGCAAUGGAACUCCUCUAGAUCGUAAACGUAAACUUGGGACUGAGGCUAAUGAUUCUGCUAAAAAGCCUCGACAGGAGGAAAGCUCGAUUUUCAAUACUUCGUUGGAAUACAUAAAGAAUCUUCGAAGGCCUGUUCAAGUCUCCACUCCGAAUCCCAAAGGAUUCAAAUUCGAUCUUGGAGAGAAGUCCGAAGGCAAUAAUGAAAAUAUCUCGGUGGGCGUUGAUCCAACUGCUGAGAAGAAAUGGUGUGUUGUUAUGUGAACUAUGUCCCUCAAUUUGAAAUGUUUAUCAUUAAUUUUGAAAAAAUCAAUUUUUCAUUUUGCUUUUUAGAGGUAAGAAUCUUAAACUAUAGAGUAAAGAUUAUUUUUGGAUAAUCCAUUUUUAAUGAUACAUGACUUAUAACAGUACCUAUAUUCAAAUGUUAGGAAGUAAGAAGUUUCCUGACUAUUGUCCAGGUUGAAGAGUUCAAUUUUUUCUUUUGAUAAAGCAGUAAUUAGUGUUUGGAUGGUGGAAUAUAAGAUAGGAGGGCCUUUUCUUCGCCAAAAAUUAAAGGAAAAAACAAGAUUUAUAAUGAAAAAUAUUGCUAGAACCGAGUGUUUGUCGUUUUUUUUAUCGAUUCGACGAUAUUAUUGGGAUGACUGAUAGCAGUUUACUCGUUACUUUAAGCUUUCUCCUUUUUUUUUGUCGUUUUUAUUCCCCAGAACAGGACAUUUAAUAGAUGGCUAGGAGAAAUAUGAGAAAUGAACUAUUGAAUAAAAAAUUACAUGUAAAUAUACGAGUGAUUUUUAUAUUAUGAAUGAUAAUUGGAAAAUCACUGGAAAGUUAUUUAACUUCUCUUUUAUCCAAGUUAUUUUUAAUAAAUGUUUUCCAUGAUACAUUAUCCGAAA